AUGGCGACCUCGGGUCAACACUCUUCACCGUCCGCGACUUUUUCAGAAGCUCUGCUAGAAAGGGUCGCGCUGAAGGUAGAGCCGGAUUUUGAAGAUGAGUCCGACACGACGCUAGGGCCCAUGGUGAAACGCUACCCUGUUAUAAACCUGAUGGCGCCCAUCAGCGGACUUCAGCCAAUUAUUUGGUCGCAGGAUCACCGGUUGUCCGCCUCGACUACAUCUGCCAUUUCAGUGAUGGAGCUUGUGUGCGACGUCCUCACUACCAAAACAGACCUGACAAUGCACAGAACUUCAGUCAGGAUACCGGACGAAGUUAUGCAUUUGCAGGUGGGACCAGAAGACGAGAUGUCUGCAGCUAGAGCAAUGUUUUCUUCUCACCCAGACCCAGCAAUCAAUCAGGCAUUUGUGACUGACAGAGGGAUGAACCCAAGUGUAGGUAUGCACAAGGGAAUAAAGUACACAAGCUGGUCUCCAUUAGGUUGUGAUUCUAGUGGACGUUGUCUCCUUGCUUGUCUAACACUUGAUCACAGACUGACCAUUCAUAAGAGCUUCAAGCGUCUAGCAUGGACCACCCUGGUAGAUCUCACCCAUAGGUAUGGUGACAGGCUGGAAUGCCGUGGAUACGCCAGAAAAGAUAGCAAACCACCCAAGGACAACCUGUACAACCUGCAAGAGAUGCAGCGCAGAUACCGUAUGCAGACUCCAAUUAGGAUGGAGUGGUCCAGUAUCUACACCAUCAAACAACUCCUGGAAGAUAACACAUGUGUUGAGAUGGAGAUGCUCCUGUUGGCUGUUCUAAUGGAAAAUGGGGACCUGGUCCUGUGGAAGUUCCAACUACCGUGUGAGAGCCAGGCUGAUGUGACUUUCUAUGACAUCAUCGAAUCAGAUGUGGACAGACCGAGUGACCUGGCUUGGUGGGAAUACGACAACACAGAUCGCCGAAUGAGUGGCCUCAUUGUGGGCAGUGAGGUGGGACCUGUCAAGAUCAUGCCUGUCAAGAUGUCGGCAGUGAAAGGUUACUUCACACUUAAACAACCCGUUGUGCUGUGGCAGGAGGUUGAUGAGAUUCCAGUUGAAAACAUCAAAUGUGUCCCAAUUUACCACCCAAUCCAUAAGACCAACUGCAGCCUUGUAGUUGCCACAAGAAGCUGUUAUGUGUUUUGGUGCUUGCUAAUGAUCUCUCGAGCGGGGUUAAGUGUCCAUAAUGCUCACAUUGCAGGUUUACAUGCACUUCCCAUUGUGUCUUUAGCCGUCACAAGACAGUGUGUGAUAGUGUAUACCUGCUCUAUGGAUGGUGAAAUUAAGAAACUAACUCCUAGCUUCACCGAAACGACAAUGUUCUUCAAGCAGGAAAUUGUUUUGGAGCCUGAAAGCUUUCCAGAUCGGCGAAUGUUUGGUAUUACGGUGAGUUAUAAUGGAGCCUUAAUUGCUCUAGCCAGCACACAAGCCAUGGUUGGUGGUCACCAUCCAGUUGAAAGAAACUACCAAAUUGACUUUGUAACCCUGAAAACGCCAUCACAAGCAGCAACACUGCUGCUGAAAUCUCCCUGCCAGAACCUGUACAAGCAGGCAGAUCUAUUGGAACUAGUGAGAUGGAAGGUGGUGAAAGACAGGUGCGUCCCUUCAUACCUGCAGGAUGCGAUUGACAGGAAGAUCCAGGAAUCAGACAGUCUCUACUUCUGGCGCUUCAGGCUCUUCCUGGCACGUGUUCUCUAUCGAUGUCUUCAGAGUGGUUCUGUUCCCCGGUUGAAACCCACACAUGCCAACAUAAUGGAGGAAAUGCCUAUGGUGAAGAGGGAGAACAUGGAUGAGGACCUUCUUGAGGUGAAUGCUACAGUUACUGCUACAGAGGCCCACCUGAUCAGGGCACACAUGAAGAAGGUUCUGGGGGUGGUGUAUCUCAACAUCUGGACUGCUGUGAACACUAGCAUCCCCACCUGUGGCAUAGUUGAAUACCUCUCCAGAGAUCAAGGCGACAGGGCAGUUGAGGUCCUGACUGGCCACAUCAGGAAAAAAAUGAACAAGCAGACAUUUCAAGAGUACUGCAGCCUAUGUGACAAGGUCCUACCCUUCACAGACCAUAAUCAAGCAACGUGUGAAAAUGGCCACAUGUGGCUCAGGUGUGUGCUGUCAUACAAGACCUGCCAGAAUCUGACGUUCAGACGCUGCACCCUACUUGAUAGUGUCGCUAGACUUCCAGGGCCUGAAGAGCCAGAGUGGAUUAAGAAGCUUCUGCAAGCCCCCUGUACAUUCUGUGACUCUCCACUGAUCUAAGACCGCAAAGAAACCUCAGGGAACAGAUGGGUGUCCUUUCUGCGCUAGUGCCAUCUUCUGACACUGGGUCCAAUUUUGUCAGUUAGACAAAGCCAAUACCUAGAACUUUUUUUUUUAUUUGUGUCUCGAUGUAUUUCACAAUAAAGUAUUCA